CGAAAUCUGCAGCCCCUGUCAUGGACUUGUUGGGCCUUGGUGCUCCUGUGGCCUGCUCCAUUGCAAAUAGUAAGACCAGCAAUACCCUAGAAAAGGACUUAGAUCUUUUGGCCUCUGUUCCAUCCCCUUCUUCUGUUUCCAGAAAGGUUGUAGGUUCCAUGCCAACUGCAGGAAGCGCUGGUUCCGUUCCUGAAAACCUGAACCUAUUUCCAGAGCCAGGGAGCAAAUCAGAAGAAACAGGCAAGAAACAGCUCUCAAAGGAUUCCAUCCUUUCACUGUACGGAUCCCAGACGCCUCAGAUGCCUACUCAAGCAAUGUUCAUGGCUCCUGCUCAGAUGGCCUAUCCCACAGCUUACCCCAGCUUCUCUGGGGUUACACCACCUAACAGCAUCAUGGGCAGCAUGAUGCCCCCGCCAGUCGGCAUGGUAGCUCAGCCAGGAGCUUCUGGAAUGGUUGCCCCCAUGGCCAUGCCUGCAAGCUAUAUGGGGGGCAUGCAGGCUUCAAUGAUGGGUGUACCGAAUGGGAUGAUGACCACCCAGCAGGCAGGCUAUAUGGCAGGCAUGGCAGCUAUGCCCCAGACUAUGUAUGGGGUUCAGCCAGCUCAGCAGCUACAGUGGAACCUUACUCAGAUGACCCAGCAGAUGGCUGGGAUGAACUUCUAUGGAGCCAACGGCAUGAUGAGCUAUGGACAGUCAAUGGGCAGUGGAAAUGGCCAGGCAGCCAAUCAGACUCUGAGUCCUCAGAUGUGGAAAUAAAAGCAGAGCGCCUGUAUGGCUGCCAUUCUCAGCCCUUGCUCUCCCCCUUCCUCUUCUUUCCCCAGCUCUCCACCUUUUCCCUUUUUCCUACCUCUCUCUGUUUGGUUUAGAAAUUGCUCAGUAAGUCAUCUGGGGUUUGGCAUCCUGCCCAACCCAGCCACUUCCCAAACUCCGCAGACCUCUCUGUUGCUUUAUGUUGGUCACAUCCCCUGGCUGUCCUGAUUUCUUCCCCAGCCCUGCCCUCUCGUGGCACCAGCACCUUAGAAAUUAUUGGCAGAAGAAGGCACUUGAACUGCAGGGGAAAUGCAUACACUGUUCAGUACCUUCCCUCGAGGUUGUGCCUCCUCAGACCCUUGGAAAGGUCUGUAGGCACUGAGUAUCUGGCAGAGGGGAGGGUGCAGAGGGCCUUCUUUCUGUGUUAAGAAACUGUUUCUGAGUGUUGAAAGUUUUGCUUGAAGAGGGAGACAUCGUGUUCCCAGUGUCUUGCACUGGGUAAUGAAGCACUGCAAUCAAAUACUCCUUGGGUCUUGGCUCAGGUUGACCCUGGCCCUGGAGUGAGGCAAGCCCCCUCCUAUGAGGACGAGCAAAAAUAUCACUCCACUUCACCCUGAGUGCUUUCUGGAUCUGGGGCUUUAAGGACUCGCUGCUUCAGUCAGCCUUUAUCAGCACCAAAGACUAUGAAGGUCCCACACGCACACAUCCCUUGCCCUCCUGCCUGCUUUGAGCAGGGUCCAGCCUCAUUGGCUGGAGGACCAACCCCUCUGGAGGAAUGUGAAGCUUAACGUGUGCACUGCUCUGUGUGUGUGUGUGUCUGUGUGUGUGUAUGUGUGUGUGUGUGUAUCCCACUUGCCACCCUCUCCCCAUCUGCUCUGGGUAUUUUUUGUUUGUUUUAUGUUUACAACAGAGAGGAGUUAAUUUUCCAACAGCCUAAAACUGUUGCCAGUUUCUCUUAUAGUUUAAAAAACUCUCCAUCUCAUUGACAGCUCCCUUUUUCCUUUCCCUUCUCCCGUUUGCCAGCCACUCUUUGAUGCCUGCGUAUCUGAGUGCUCUGUUGGCCCACCUUUUCUAGGUGUGUGAGGCAGAGAGCCUGGACAGCUUUUCUCUCAGCCAUUGUUCACCCCCCUUGAAAAUUCAAACAAGAAAACUUCGCUUCAAAGAUUUCAUGUGUGGGAACCACAAUGCCUGGUUGCCUUUCUCCUAUGUAUGUGUAAAUUCCUUAAUAAAUACUGCAGGGAAGGAC